AAUGUUUUCUAAUUCUUAUAUUAAUGGCACGUGGAUUUUAUAUGAUGGGAAUAAUGUGCAUUACAUUAAAAUAGUGUUUUCUAUUUGAAUUUUCUACUUGUUUAAUAUUUCGGAAUUAAAUAUAUAGUCGCAGCCAUGUCCAAGAGAAUAAAACAUCUUAUAGUCGACACUACUGCUUUCAUUAAAGCCGAAAAUUUACAGAAUAUCUCCGAGAACAUUUACACUGUUCAAGAAGUUAUUGAUGAAAUAACUAACGACAGGCAAAGAAGGAAACUAGUCGUUUUACCGUAUGAUUUAAGAGUGAAGGAUGUAUUUACUGAAAACAUAAACUUUGUGACUGAGUUUUCCAAAAAAACUGGCGAUUAUAGGAGUCUUUCUGCAACCGAUAUCAAAGUAAUGGCCUUAACUUAUCAGAUGGAAAAAGAAUUAGUAGGGAUCGACCAUUUAAAGUCUGAACCAACUAUGCAGAGAACAGUCAAAGUGUCUGGAUUACGAGGAUACUCCUCAUCAGAAAUCAAAGACGAUACAAAGGGUAUAUCAAGUGAGGAUAUGUCUCAUAAAUCAACCGCAGUUCGUGAUGGCACUUUAAAAAAUGAAGAUACUGAUCAGGAAGAGGAAGAGUUUGCUAAUCAAUUAGCAGAGCAGAUAAAGACUCUGGAUCUCAGAGAAGAAGAGGAAGCAGAUAAUGUCAUGGCAAAGGUAGAUGUUAACUCUGAAACUGAUGAGGAAGAAAGUUCAGAAGGUGAUGAUAAUGAUGAUGAUGACUGGAUAACACCUGGAAACUUAAAAGAGAAGACCAAAGAAUUGGAACAUGGAGAUCUUGAAGAGAGAAAUGUUGAUAUUGCAUGUAUUACCUCAGACUUUGCAAUGCAAAAUGUUCUUAAACAAAUUGGCUUAAAUGUCACAUCAAUAGAUGGCAGGAUUAUAAGGCACUUACGCACAUUUAUAUUUCGUUGUACAACUUGCUUUAAAACAACUAGUGUUAUGACUAAACUAUUUUGUCCCAAAUGUGGGCAUGCUACUUUAAAAAAAGUAUCAGUUUCUGUAGAUGAAAAUGGCAAUCAGCACAUUCAUAUUAAUGGUAGGAAACCUCUUACAGCAAGGGGUAAGAGAUUCAGCUUGCCUACACCAAAAGGAGGUCAACACUUCCAGUAUCCAAUACUCACAGAAGACCAACAUAUACAUAAAAGGUUUGCUACAAAGUUGGCCAGAAAGAAAACAAAUGCAUUGGACCCCGACUAUACUGCUGGCUUCUCCCCUUUUGCGAUGAAUGAUGUUAAUUCAAAAUCAGCAGUAUUGGGAGUACGAGCGAACAAGCAAGAUAUAAAGUAUUGGAUGACACAUUUUUCUAAAGGAAAAAAGAAAUAAAAAUCUUAAAUUAUAACAUUUAUUUAAAUAAACUAUACAAAAAUUA